AUGACAUCCGCAACGGACUCACUCGUAGAUGCGCGUCCGCCAUCCAUCCGCGAUGCGAAGCACGACGACCCCCUGAAGCCGCCGCAGAACGCUCUGAUGGCAGCUGUCCAGCUCAAGCCAUCCCACCCACGAAGUCGCUCCGGCUCCGACUCGAGCCACCCAUCGUCCGACUUUGACCACGAGCGUCCCUCCCAGGAUGACGACGACAUCGACAAUACCCCAGCCACCUCCUACGGUGGCUUUCUCUCCACACGCAGCGACAUCUCAGCCGGUCCCAAAUCCGACUCCAGCCACCUCUCCCACAUCGGCUUCCUCAACAGCGCCCACUCCGUCGCCGCUUCCGACGACGAAUUGAACAGGAUGGACGAAGUGCGCCAGGAGGUCGAGGCGCUCUUCGAAAAGUUCCUCCCCGACUUUCAGGUCCACCAGGACGACGAUCAGUCCUCACAGCACGGCCAAGACGCAGAGCCCACGCUGCUCAGCCGCAACCUCCCCGCCAUCCUCUCCGAAUUCGAGAGGCAGAGAGACCAUCCGCUCAUCGACCCCAAGGUCUACAGCCAACUUCAGGUCUUUGCCGACGAAAAUCCCGAGGUGCCCAUCUCGUCCAACAUGCUCGUCAACCUCAUCCAUGCCUUGGAGUCGAGCGCACAGUCGGUCGCAUCCGAGGAGAUGGACCCCAGGACACCAUCCCUCAUGGAGCGCCACACGUCCCACAGCACCGGCAACGACUCCACACCCAUAGCCGCAUCAGACAAGGCUGAAGACGUGUAUCUUCAAGACUACCUCAUCCCCGACGCCGACACCAGCCGUGAAUCGUCGAGGGAGAUGAGUGCAGAAGCCACCGUCAUCCUCAACCUCAAGGAGGACUUGCGCAUGGAGCGCGAGAGGAACGACGCGCUGCAACAGACGCUCUCCGACAAGGAGAGGCGCGUCAACACGUUGGAGCACAAGCUCACCACCGCGCAGGAGCAGUACGAGGAGAUGAUGCUUGAAGAGCAGGCCAAGCUCGAUGAGCUCCACAAGCAGAUCCAAACACUACGUCGCGAUGAAAAGGAGCUCCGCACAAGGCACCACGAGCUGCAGGAACAGAACAAUGCUUUCGAAGCGCAAUUGACCGCGCUCAAUGCCCAGAUCGAAGCUUCGGAAAAGGCGAAUGUCAAGGUGCGCCGAGAUCUCGAGGAAGAGUCGAGCCAGCUCAUCAAGGCCAAGGCCGAUCUCGACCGCAGAGCCAAAGAAGCCAAGGAGCUCUCCGAGUACCUCGUCGAAUGCGAACAGGCCAAGGACAUCGCCGAAAACGCGCAACACCAGCUACGCCAGGAGCUCGACAAAGCCCGAGCCGAGACAGCCAAGCUGCAACCGUACAAGGAGGAGGCAGAGGAGUCUAGAACCACCGUCGACAAACUCGAGAUGGAGCUCGACGAGAUGCGCCGCCUCACCAGCCUGCACAGCAAAGAGUCUUCGGCGCUGCAACACAGCAAUCCAGGUACUAUGACCCGACGCCUGGGCAACGAGCUUGCUCGGAGCAUGGAUCUGGAUGGACACAGCUCCAGCGACGAUACGCAGGUGGAGGAUAAAGAUGCCGACUCAAGCAACGUCGACGACUUUAUCGAGACCGUCAUCCAGCGACGUCGCAGGCGGGUGGGCAAAGCUCGCAAGUCUGUCGAAAUGGUCACACAAGCCACCCAGACCGAGCUCAAGGACGAGCCAAGCGUCGCGACAUCCGCACCAGGAGGCGCUGCUGACGCCACCGUCUCUUUGCCAGAUGUCGCCACCGAGCACACCAGAAAGCUUUCCACGCGCACUUCGUUGCAUCACAUUGUCGCGGCGGUGCGGGCGAGGAGCACUCUGGUCGCCAUCCUCGUUCUCAUCAUCGGCUUGAGCAUCGGAUUGAUGCUCAACACGUCCCGCGACCUCUACCACAUCAACGACUAUGCUCUGGAUGCGGACGAAUACCGCAAGCUCAACCAUCCCCCAGAUUUGCACCAGCACUACUACUACGACAACCGCUAUCCGAACGCCAGGGUCGGUCCGAAUCUUUUGGACGAUUACGUGGCGCCGGUGGUGGACUUUGCACUGUCCCUCCUCGGUCUCGGCAAUCCAGCACGCUCCAUGCCCGGCGGCGUUGUAUACUAG